AUGAAUUACAAAAACCUGGAGAUAUCUGAACGAAAGAUCCGACUCAUUACCAUACAUCCUUUGGCACCAUUCCAACAAGAAUCUGCACCCAUACACUGUACGAUUGAGACUGCAACCCUCCCAGCAGAACCCAAGGACUAUGAUCCGAGUCUGCUUCCAGCUAACUACGUGGAUUUUGAUGACGAGGUGACAAAUACGUCCCACGAGCCUUUCGGUGGCUCGUUCAGACGAGAUGUCGCUAAAAUCGAGGGAACAAACGAGGGAUUGAUGCCCCAAUUUGGCGACAAGGAAGACUCAAAGCCUGAACACGAAAUCAUUCUUCCGCUCAAUGAAUUAGCUACCAUGCUAUCAUUCGAGGACUUGCAGACUACUGUUCAGAACUCGGAGUUGAAUGACAAAGUUCGGCGAAACAUAUUGCUUGACGAUUCGGUCACCUGGGAGGGUAAGCUAGACACCAAACAUCUCAACCCUUUCUUUCAUCCACCAAGGCCGAGGAAUCGAAAACAACCGAUCGAUCCCGAGUCAUAUGUGGCCAUGUCAUAUUCUUGGGGCCCAGAACAACCCACGGCCUCGAUUUACCUUAACGGCAUGGAGGUUGAUGUCAGGGUGAACCUAGCAGCAGGCCUCCGCCGUUUCAGGACAAUGGAUUACUUCAAGCGAGGUGGGAAGAUUUGGGUAGACGCCUUAUGCAUCAAUCAGUCCGAUGCAGCCGAAAAGGCUAGCCAGAUUCCUCUGAUGAGUUCGAUCUAUAAGCUUGCGGCUAACGUGAUUGUAUGGCUCGGCCUUGAAACCGGAGGGAGUUCUGGAGUUAUCGACACGCUCCAAAUGCUAAGCUCCUUGUACCGUACCGAGUACGUCGAAACAUUCGAUAGAAGUGAUCCCUUCACGGCGACAGCUUGGAGGCAUAUGGCACAAAUCCGUCUGCGAACUAGCUUCCUUAGGCUCAAAACGAUGUAUUCUCAACUUGAUUUGGAAUCGUACGAAGAUGACUUUCGGUUGUACGAAUUCUUCGACCGGCCUUACUGGCGUCGGCUAUGGAUUAUACAGGAGCUCUGCAUGGGCCGAGCAGGGAUGCCUAUUGUAUGCGGCUCCCGCGUCACGCAAUGGCGGUACAUUCGUGAUGGAGCACUUGUCUACACGGCAUUUUCACAAGUAUUGAAGGAGAAGCUGCCUAAGACAGUUUAUCAGUUCACCCAAGAGCCAGUCAGGAAUGACUUAUCAAUACUUCAUGUCGCUCAAAUAGCGCAGUUGGAGAUACACGGUCAUAGAAAACGUCUUCCUCCGGUAGACACCAGCUGGCUGCCUAUCUACUCCAACUUUGGAGAGAAUGACGGCAUUCUUCAUGGGUCCGCCUUUCUAAGAGCCCUACUUCUGGCGUCGGGAGCUCAAUGCUAUCAUCUACAUGAUUCUGUCUAUGGCCUGCUCAGCAUUCCCGGACUUCCGGAUCUUGGGCUCACAGUGGACUAUACCAAACACAUCACCACCGUUCUGACUGAGUUUGCAGUGGCUUGUGUCACAAAGGGCGAGAGUCUCGAACUGUUCUCGCUGAUAGAUGGAUGUGGAAUGCCUGUGCGGGAUGCUCAGGGAAGACUGUUGGAUCGAAGACGCCUGCCAUCAUGGGUUCCAUAUCUUGCCAGGACCCCUGAGCAACGAAUCGGGGCGAUUGAAGGAAACUGGCAUGCCAGCGGCAACAAGCAAGCGUUCGUGUUUGAUGGCCUCAAUGUGAAGCCAAAGAUAAGGAACGAAACGGUUCUUGCAUGCUACGGUUUCAUUGCAGAGAUUGUCGACGGAGUUGGAGCGUUAUCCAAGCCAGACAUGGAAAUAGGAAGUCGUUAUGCCCCGGAAUUUCGGGCGGGGGUCGUCCAGCCAACGGGGAAGUACACAUCCAGCUCAGAGUUCGGCCCGGAGGCUACAAAUGACUUUGUGGACACAGAAUCGCCUCGUAGCCGAGUGGCAAAGAGAUUGAUAGAAGGGCCUCGGGUGUCUUGGGUUUUGACUUGUGGUACCGAUGUUCAGGGAAUAAAGCAAUCUUUUGAUUGCCUUUAUCAUGCCUUUCCAGAAGACGAGCCAUCUACAGAAUCGCCUUUUUACAGGAACUGGCAUUUCAUUUAUUCGAGUGCUGAUCUUUUGAUCGGACAUCGGCCCUUGUCUUCGUACUUCGAACCUUUCCCCCGAGAAGACUGGGACGCUGAGAAAAGUCUGACCACGUGCGCCGCGCGGCAAGCCAUGGAAACACGCACGAGAAACCGUCGUCUUAUUGUUACGAACUCGGGGCUCCUUGGGCUGGCGCCUGCUCUUGCUCAACCAGGAGAUGCUGUCAUGGUGUUGAUUGGACAUGGGAGACCCGUCAUCACCAGACGACUCAAGGAUGAGUCGGGACAAGACACACCAUUAUGGCUUUUGAUCGGCGAGGCAUUUGUCGAUGGCAUGAUGGAAUGGGAAACGAUGGAUCGCGACGUCAUGUCUGGUCCGAAGAGGAUCAAACAGAUAAACUUUGUGUGA